UUACGACAGUUCUGUGAUUGGACUAGGUUUAGAUUUUUUAUUUUUUGUUAUUGUUAUUAUUAUCUUUUUUUAGGUUGUGAGCUUAAGACUUGUGGCAUAAUAUUAUGCGUUUGUAUCAUAGUGGAAAUUAUUGAGAAUUGCUGAGUGUGGACAUUGAUGAUGGACAUUUCUUGACAGGUUCACGAUAGCGUGAUUCUAACGUUUCAUACUUUUUUAAUUCAUUAUUCAUAUAAAUUUGGUGAUUAAGGUGUAGGUGCCGAGCGGUGUCUUGACAGAUCUUAGUACAUCACAAUAAUUUUAGGCAGUCUUUUAGUGUGGUGCAUUUUUUGCUUUGUUUUUAAAUUUAGAAGAGAACUAUAUUGUUACAACUGCAUUGAGACUAACAUUGUUUCCACCUGUUGUCCAAACGCUACAGAUUCACAAUGGAAGAAAAUAUUGUCAGCCCUUCAAAUGCUAAUGAAAUCAAUCAGGCUCCUGUUGGUGAAUGGAAAAAUAAUGAAAAUAAUACUUCCUAUAAUGAUAACUAUGAUCAGAAUGUAACAGAAACACUAAAUAAUACCACAUUAAAUGAUAAUUCUGUAUUUGAAAAUACUAAUAUAAAAACACCAGAUAAUAACUGUGAUUCAUCUUUCAAUGAAAACAACACUUGGGUUAAUCAAACUGAACAAAAAUCUCAUUUUGGUAAUACAAAUAACCCAGGAUAUCGGAAAGGACAAGGACGAUUUAAUAAAUCACACAAUGGUAAUAAUUCUUAUGAAAAAUCGUGGAGCAAUAAUCCCACUUCAAAUAAUAAUGGACGUGGCCGUGGUCGUGGUCGUGGUCGAGGUAUCAUUAAAAGAUUUGAUGAAGAAAAUGAAUCAUUUAGAGGUGAAUAUGACUCUGGUCUUAAUAAUCAAGGUGAUAACACUGCCCCUAGUCAUCGAGGUCGAGGGCGAGGGCAUAAUCGUGGUAGAGGUGGAAGGCGUGAUCAAUCAGGUGGCUGGCAUGGAAAUAGUGAAGAAGGUCAUAAAAAACAUGAAAAUGAUAAACCAACUAUUCCUAAAGCAGCGUACAUUCCUCCUGAUAUUGAAAACGAAGAGUCUAUAUCUGGAAUUGAGGCAGGCCUUAAUUUUGACAAGUAUAAAACUAUUGAAGUAAAAGUGAGUGGAACUAACCCUCCACAAAGUAUAACAUCGUUUAAUAGUUCUGGUUUAUCCACUAUUUUGUUAGACAAUUUAUCUAAUUGUAAUUUCUCUACACCAACUCCAGUACAAAAUUAUGCAAUACCUAUAAUCAUUGAUGGCAGAGAUUUAAUGGCUAGUGCCCAGACUGGUUCUGGAAAAACUGCAGCAUAUGUUUUACCUAUUUUGCAUAAUUUACUUAAACAACCAUUACAAUUAGUUUUUGACGAACAUCAUUGUGAACCACAUGUUGUUAUUAUUGCACCUACAAGGGAGUUAGUUGCACAAAUUUCUGAAUGUGUAUGGAAAUUUAGUAAAGGAACUGAUAUUAGAAAUGGGUUACUAUAUGGAGGUACAUCUGUUUCAUAUCAAAAAUCAAAAAUCUUGCAGAGAGGAGUUCACAUAUUAACUAGUACUCCAGGACGUCUAAAUGAUUUUGUUGAAAAAGGUAUUGUGACUUUCUCUUCAGUUAAAUUUUUCGUUUUGGAUGAAGCAGAUAGAAUGUUGGAUAUGGGAUUUAAACCUGAAAUAGAACGAGUAUUAACACAUUCAACUAUGACUCCCAUUGAAUCAAGACAGACAAUAAUGUUUUCUGCUACAUUUGCAAGUGAAAUACAACAUAUGGCUACUACUUACUUGAAACCAGAUUAUAUAUUUGUAGCUGUUGGAGAAAUAGGAGGAGCAUGUAAAGAUGUUGUGCAAACAGUAAUGGAAGUCACAAAAUUUAAAAAGAAAAACACAUUACUUGAUGAAAUAAAAAAAAUGGAAAAUUGUCAAGGUACAAUAGUGUUUGUUGAAAGAAAAAAAGUGGCAGAUUAUACUGCUGCAUAUUUAAGUGAAUUGGAUUACCCUACUACAAGUAUACAUGGUGCUCGUGAACAACCUGAACGAGAACAGGCAUUAAGAGAUUUCAAGACAAAUAAAAUGAAAAUUUUAGUAGCCACUGCUGUUGCAGCUCGUGGAUUAGACAUUAAAGGUGUGAAUUAUGUAGUGAACUUUGAUCUACCAAAAACAAUUGACGAGUAUGUCCAUCGGAUUGGACGUACUGGUAGAUUAGGAAAUGCUGGUAAAGCUAUUUCAUUUUUUGAUCCUGAAUGUGAUGGUCUACUAGCCCCUGAAUUAAUUAGAAUUCUCAAACAAGCAGAUCAAGAAGUACCGUCAUUUCUAAAUGAUGCCUCUGAACGUAUUCUUCUAGCUUCUCCAGCUAUGGACGAUUUCAACGAUAUAAGAAAGAAUGUUGAAGUCACAUCCAACUUGGUUGCUACUGAAGAAGAAGAAGAGUGGUAGAUUACUUGAGUUAUUGAGGAUUUAGAUAUAUAAAAGUAUAAAUACAGAGUAAUAAUUUUGGCUAUCUCCCAAUAUGCUGUUUACCAAUGAACAUGGUUUACUGUAAUACAAAUUACAAUAUAGUCUGCUGCCUACCUACUUUUUAUAAAAACAAAAAAUUAUAUAUUUUAUGAAUUAAAAAAUAAUUUAAGCCUUUCCACAAAUACUAGGCUAAGUACCUCUCUAAUAUGUUUUUAUUCAUACCACACAUUUUCUUAUUAAUUUUUAAUCUAAGUUCUCCAGAGACUUCCAAACGGUAUAAAAUACCAGUAUGAGUAUUUAACUAUGGUAGAACACAAAACAUUAGUAGAUCUCAUAUUGGGAGGUAGUGAUUAUUUUAAUAUGAAUCAGUUAAUAUUAUUAAAAUUCAUAAAUAUAAAUUUGUUUUAAACAUUGUUCAAGAUUUUAGCGAUUUACUUUUUUAUUUCACUUGAUUUUGAAUUUAUGAAUCUAUAAGACACAGGGUGCCAGACCUAUGGUCUAUGGUCUAUGGACUUAGACCCUAUUUAUUUAUUUUUUGAGUUUAGGAGAAACUGUAAUAACUUUUUUAAGUUGGCCUUUAAUGUUAAUUUUAAUGUUAUAUAAUGAGUGUUUAUAAUUACAUUUUUUACUGCUUAUUUUCGAUUAUUAGCUAGUCUAAGCUCUAAUUCCAAACAUUGGUUGUAAACUAUAACUAAAAUUAAAUUUAUGCACUAACAAUAUUAUGAAUUAAUAUUUUAGUUUAUACUAUUUAAACAUAUUAGAAUAUAAUAUAUAUAUAUACAUAUAUAUAUAUUAUAUACUAGAAAGGGUGAAUCAUUUUUGGAUUGGUUUAGAUGUCAAAAUUGUUGAUAGAAUCUCAUUAAUAAUGGUAGGUAAAAACAAAAUUUUUGAAUAUUAUUGAUAUUGACUGAUACAAAUUAAAAUAAAACAAAAAACUAUUAAUAUGUAUUAUUGUAAUAAAAACUAUUUAACAAUAGUUCUAUUUCAUAGGUAAAUGAAUAAAGCAUUUUAUAAUGUAUUAAGUAUUAAAUAUUUUAUCAAAAAUUAGUGUUCUAUAACCAUCAUAAAAGAUAAUAACUUGUUUUGUUAUAAAUUUUAAAUUUUAUGGGACCAAAUAAAUUCUUUGUGUUUUUAUGUAUUUAUUAGAGAUGUGAAAUCUUUAUUAUAUACAAAUACAAAUUUAUUGACAAUAUUAAUUUUUCCAAAAUAAUUGUUUGUUAUUUAGAAAAUUUUAAAAACUAUUUUCUAUACAUGAUUCAACAGAUCAAAAUAUUUAUUUAAAUGAAAUGUUAUAUUUGUUAACAAAUUUUUAAAUACUCUGACACUAAACUAAGUGUUUAAAUUUUUUUAUGAUUUUAUUUUGUUUAAAUUUUUUUAACAAAACUAAGUGUGAUUUAUUUUUGAACUAUGCACUGUAAAACUAAUAUAGUAAUAUUUAUUUUAAUAUUUAUUAUUGAAUACUGAAAAAAAGCUCUUAUCUACAAAUGAUUCAUUUAAUGUAUUGAUAAUACUAAUUGUUUAUUACAUGUUUAUUAUAAUUUAAGUACAAAUGUAUUAUAAAUUAUAACUUCUAGGUUUAUUUAUAUAAGAAACAAAUAAGAGAUCAAGAAUAAUAUUGUUCUAGUUAAGAUUUUUUAGAUUCAUAAUCACGAGUUCAUAUUUACUAAUGUUGGAUAACUAUUAACUACUAAUUAGUAAUGAUUUUAUUUAUAUUAUUUUAUUCAAGUACCUACUAUCUAUUUUAAUCUAAUUUAAAUAAUAACAAGGAUACUAAUUUUGUACGGAGAUUUUUGGUUCCAAGCUAGAUUGGCAGUUAAUUCUAUGAAAUGUUAAAAAUUGACAACUACUUUUACAGUUGAAAUUUUUAAAAUGUAUUAAUUUAUAAAUGAUAAGUAGUAUGUGUAAUAACAUUGCUCUUUAGUUAUUAUUCAUUGUUAUUAAAAUAUUAACUUAUUUAGUAGUUCCUUUUAUGAAAUCUAAUGGUGCAGGUCUGAAAACAUGAAUUAUAUUUAUUAAACACUUUAUUUUGUUGUAGUGCCAUUUCACUGGAAAUCUAAUCACAAUUAUUAUAUAAUUUAUAUUUUAUAGUUAUAUUUUUACUUAUUAUGAUUGGUUGUGAAGGAAAAUAUAAUAUUAUUUAAGAA